AUGCGUCCUGAGCAGGGAGGCGGGGCCGCGCAGGCUCAGUGAGCGGCGGCAGCGGCGGCGGUGGAGGUGGUAGCGGCAGCAGCUGUCUGGGGGUUCCAGGAAGAUGGUGCUGAUUAAGGAAUUCCGUGUGGUUUUGCCCUGUUCUGUUCAGGAGUAUCAGGUUGGGCAGCUGUACUCGGUUGCAGAAGCUAGUAAGAAUGAGACUGGUGGUGGAGAAGGAAUUGAAGUCUUAAAGAAUGAACCUUAUGAGCAGGAUGGAGAGAAAGGACAGUAUACACACAAAAUUUAUCACCUAAAGAGCAAAGUUCCUGGAUUCGUCAGAUUGAUUGCUCCCGAGGGCUCCCUGGUAUUUCACGAGAAAGCCUGGAAUGCGUAUCCCUACUGUAGAACAAUUGUAACGAAUGAAUAUAUGAAAGAUGAUUUCUUCAUUAAAAUCGAAACAUGGCACAAACCAGACUUGGGAACAUUAGAAAAUGUACACGGUUUAGAUCCCAACACGUGGAAAACUGUUGAAAUUGUCCAUAUAGAUAUUGCAGAUCGAAGUCAAGUUGAACCAGCAGACUACAAAGCGGACGAAGACCCAGCAUUGUUCCAGUCCGCCAAGACCAAGCGAGGCCCUCUGGGACCCAACUGGAAGAAGGAGCUGGCAAACAACCCCGACUGCCCUCAGAUGUGUGCCUAUAAGCUGGUGACCAUCAAGUUCAAGUGGUGGGGGCUGCAGAGCAAAGUAGAAAACUUCAUCCAGAAGCAAGAAAAAAGGAUAUUUACAAACUUUCAUCGCCAGCUUUUCUGUUGGAUUGACAAGUGGAUUGAUCUGACGAUGGAAGAUAUUAGGCGAAUGGAAGAUGAGACCCAGAAAGAAUUAGAAACAAUGCGUAAGAAGGGUUCCGUCCGAGGCACGUCGGCUGCUGAUGUCUAGAUGAGUCCCCUGUAGGGUCAGAGACAAUAUCACACUGUUUACGUAACCAAGGUCAAGUGAGGGGCACAAGUGCGGCCAGUGAUGAGUGAAGAAGAAUCUGACCAGGAUCUCACAGUGUUGGCGUUUCCCAGCCACGUGCUUGUGACUGUGUGCUCACAUGCACAGCUUCCCAACCACGUGUAUAUAUAUGUUUGUGUGUGUAUGUCUGUAGCUGUAUAUAAAACGCAUGUAGAGCUACAGAUCGGAAUACACACACUUGUGUAUAUAUGUACAUAGAAACAUACUGAAGGGAUUAUUAGUACAAUUUCUCCAAAGUACUGUACCUAUCUUCAGCAAGAAUGCAAAAGAAAAUAUUUUCAAUAUAUAUAUAUAUACACCUGGAACAGAUUUUAAUAAUCAGAGUAAUACCAUUAAUGGACAAAUUGACUGCAGUGUAAUACUAGCUGGUAUGUUUCAUAAAUGUCAAGUUGUGGACCAAUAAACAUAUAUAUAUAUAUAUAUAUAUAUAUAUAUAUAUAUACACACACACACACACACACACACACACACACAUAAAUAUAUGUGUAAAUAUAUAUAGCCUUUUAUUA